UUUAUCGCCGAAAAAACGGCCUUUCCCGUGUACGUACACAGCAGAGUCGCUUCUGCUCGCGCGUUUGGUUUCCGGCAUUGUCUGUCGUCCCCCCGUUGGAAUUUUCCCUUCUCUUGUCCUGGAGAGUGGCCGCUGUUCGUGGUGUCUAAUCGAGGGCGACUUCGCGUCUGUUUUUCUUGUAUCUGCAUCUGCGAGAGCAUCUCUCCCGCGCUGCGCCGAGAAGCGUGGAGACGCAGAGAACCAAAAGCAGCUGAGGAAGCUCCGGUCGCUCUCUUUGUCGGCGCCUACGUGCUCCUCUACGUCUUUUUACGAAUCGUCCUCUUCCAGGCAUCGCCCCGAUCAGCUCGACAUUCACAUGCGCAUAAAUAUGCGCACAUAUAUGUGAGCUUCUGUACACCCACGAGUGUAUGAGCGUUAGUAGCUUUGUCACUUUUCCCCUCUCGUGUGGCCAUGAUGUAUGUUGACCUCCCGUCAAAGAUGGAGAGAGAACGGCAGCGGUGUGUACUCUCUUUCCCUCGAGCGCCUACACCUUCGUUGUCCGCCUCCUCGGAGUCGCCGCAGAGCCACCCACCUUGUUGCCCUCCCUCCUCUUGCGCCAGCAGAGUUCUGCUCAGCUCUUUCUCUCCUCACUCUCCCCUGUCUUCUGUCUCGUAUUUUUCGCUGGCCUCUCGCCGCAGCCUCUCUGCCUCGACACCAGCUCGUCGCUUCCUCUCUUCUGUCUCCUCUGCGUCACUGCCCCCUCCUGCAUCUUCCUCGCACUCCUCAGCCUUCGCGUCUUGCCUCCCUCUGCGGGAAGACGGAGGGUCUCUUUCGUCCAGGCGUAGUCCUGCCUUCGCUCUCUCCGCCGCCGCUCUGCCCUGUGCUUCCGCUUUGUCCACUCCCGCUGAGCCUCGUCUUUGUAUGGCGUCUCAGCGUGUCCAGUCUGGUAACUCGCUAUCUACUCUCUCCUUUUACAAGGAAAGCGCCGCCUCUCCUCUCCCUCACGGUCUCCCGACAGGCUCCGGUCGCGAGACCGUCGCUCACGUUUCAUCGCGAGGCGUACAGACACCCAUGGCGGCGGGAGCGGGCUCUGCGUCCCCCGCGUUUCUCCCCGAGGUGGACGAAGACCUCAGGUCUGCAGACUGCACCAGGAGGAAGGAUUCGAGAGACGGUGUCGCCUCGGCGGACAGACAGAGACGGCGUUCCCUCUGUUUUGACACCUCCGUCGCCACGUUCUCCUCUUCUUCUCGACAGGCCGAAGAGGACUUCUUCCGAGACCGGGGCGAAGCUCCGCACGAGCGGCACCCCACCCAAGACACCGAACUCGAGUUUUUCGACGCACAGGAGCGCGAGACAGACAGUCCAGAUUCCCCCGUAGGCGAGACCGCCUCGCUUUUUUGGGAAGCCGAGCGAGACGGUUCAGGAAGCAAGCUCGUAACAUGUUCACAGAUGCGCCAGGAUGGCCUGAAGAGCGACCACGACCAAGCUGGCGAAGAAGCAGAGAGGCAGCACAGAGGCGGGCGCGAGCGUGGAGGGGAACGAAGAGGAGGUGCACAGUGCGGCGAAAGAGACGGAAAUACGGAACAACUUCUAGGACGACAUGCGUUCGUCUCUCUGCUCCGAGAGGAGAAUAAACGUCCUGGACACAAGGACGACUAUCUCCCCGCGGCGGCUUCGCCAGCUGCGGACAGGAGCAAGGUCCCCUGCACUGGCGGAAGUUCGACGUCUUCAUUCUUCGCGGCAGGGCUGCUCUCGACAGAUGGCUUUCAGGCUACGGCGAAGAAAGAGGCAACGCGGAGAGAGACAGUCCAGGAAAUCCAGGCCCGUCAAGCGACGAUUGUGCGAGCGGCACACGGACCUCUUGAGCUGUAUCGAUCCUAUGCCGCGUCUCUUCAACAGAAACUGGAUUUAUUGCAUGAGCGCGAGAGAUCUGCCAGGAGGAUUCUCGAGACGCUGCCCGACCGCAGAGAGCAGCUUCUGUCCAAGCUAAAAGUGCCGCCUCCACCGCCUCUCCCCCUCGUCCCCGUUCGCUGGAAUCGCAGGUCGCCGAUGAGAUGCGAUGAGGAGGCGCUGGUCGCAGCUGAAGCUCUGCUGACUUGUUCGGACCCCAGUGCGGUUCUCAUCGACAAAUUCAAUAUCGGCUUGACUGCGGGACAGCUCGAGUGUCUGUACGGCUCGAACUGGCUGAACGACGAAGUUAUCAACUUUUACAUGCAAAUGUUGCAGGAGCGUAACAAGAAGCAACGCGCUCUGGGACAAAACAUUUGGAAGACCUUCUUCUUCAACACUUUCUUCUACGCGAAGCUGACGGGCGGCCACAGUGCAGAUGUCACCUACGACUUCGCCUCUGUUCGAAGAUGGACGCGGCGGCAAAAUGUGGACAUUUUCGCGGUUGAUCUCAUCCUCAUUCCCCUCCAUGUUAAUCGCCUUCACUGGACUCUCGGCGUCGUUGACAUGAGGAAGGGGAAGAGAAAAAUAUACUUUUUCGACUCGCUCGGCGGCACGAACAAAACCUGGUUCGCAACCAUGCGGAGAUACCUCCAAGACGAGCAUGCCGACAAACGGGGAAAGCCGCUCGAAGACAUUGAAGAGUGGUGCAUCCCCGACGACUUUGCUUCAGAGAAAUACACGCCGCAGCAAGCGAACGGCUUUGAUUGUGGAGUCUUCAUCUGCCAAAUGGCCGAAUGCAUCACGGACGGACGAAGCUUUGAUUUUUCACAGAAAGACAUUCCCCACAUCCGCCGCAAGAUGGCUCUCCAAAUCGUCGGCGGCGAACUCGACCCCUGAGCGACAGCGGAGAGUGACAAGCGAAGAGAAAAAGCCGCGAAGGUGGAGCAUGCAGAAGGAGUUCCGUAGAGAAAAAAGAAUGAAGCAGAGGUGGGGUACAAGAGAAAGAAGGGGGAAACGGAUCAGCAGUGGAAGUCGUGGGUCGAAAACACGGGGAUCGAAGAACGGACAGACAAACGAGCAGCCGGUGGUGGAAGGAUCACAAGCGCUUUUGCUCGCGUCUCCGGACAAGACAGACUCUUUCUUCCUGGGUUGUCGCUUCCAGUUAAAUUCUGAAAGAGCUGGUGCACGAAGUAACACGGGCCGGGCAGCGGCUCUUCCCGUAUGGAAGGAUGUCAACUGCUCUGGCUCGCGGUCUUCUGAAAGACGUCUUGGUAUUCUUCUGCCAUGCAUGGAAAGAAAUGUGUGUAGGAGAAGCGGACAAAAGCAGAUACACGAACGGCUGGGCUCCUACGUUUCUGACCACACUCACCGUGGUCAUUUGACCUCGCCCCAGUCUGCUUCGUUCCUCGAUUUCUGUAACCCUGUCGUGUCUCAAACAACCUCUCGCUAUCUUCCCCAUUCUCCCGCUUGCGUCUACUUGCGUCGGCGUUCCUGACGCGUCGUCGAAGAGCGUUGCUCUUCCUUUUUCUCUCUGGUGAUGUUCUGUCUCCCGUAGUUCAGUGCAUUGUCUCACCGCGAGUCGAUCUGCCGCGUGUCUCUUCUCCUUCUCUCCUUCCAUCCCUCCCUCUGGCGAGUUGCUGCGAAGGCCGGAACCCUCGACACGGGGCUAUGCUGGCUUCGUACACAUAGAAACAGGCACAUAUAAACUGCUAUAUAUGUGAGCGCACACGUAUUGAUCUGUCAAGACGCACCAGCAAAUACUAUAUAUGCAUGAGCAUGCAUAUAUCUAUAUAUAUAUGUGAAUCUCUACUAAAGAAGCAGGCGGCUUCACUAGUUCUCGGCAUAGUAUAUAUAUUUAUAUAGUAAGCCCGAGAUCGUUAGCCAAAUAGGUGUGCCACCUUACAGGUGUUUACUAUAUAUCUGUCACCAGGAGUGUUAAUUACACCGUACGUAUGUGUAAAUCUAUGCAUGUGUAUAUGAUGGU